UUAGGGAGAAAUGAAUCAAAACAGCAUUUAUCGGUAGGAUUAUUUUCGCAGUGAAUAUCACCUAGCAAAUCAUUGUUUACUUCCGGUUUUUAAUUACAGGUGUUCCAUACUUAUUUAUAUCUGGAAGUAAGUGGUCUACAACGAAUUGGAGAACUGAGAUUUUAAAGAAAACAUGUCUCAACAUUUUAGUGCCAAUCAGUAUGAAAAGGAAUUUGAUUCCAAGCGUCUUCAAAACUGGGAGGAUCCUAAAAUAUCACAAGAACGACCACGUUCAUUACAAGGCUUUACUGAAAUAAUUGCAAAUGAUAGAGGACAUAUUGUGUAUGAUCCCAAGCGAUCAAAGGGCAAUCCAUGGGGAGAUCAUGUUGGAACAUGGGACAUGCCCAUUAAAAUACCUGGGCAGCGAGGAAUGAAUGCAACUGCACGAUCCGCUGAUGCCCAGAGAAUACAAUAUGCAAUCAGGCGUGAAGGUGAUGAGACAUUAUCUGGAUGGAACAAGAACAUGAAACCCAAAGCAUCUGGGCAAGGAAAAACUAUAGCUGAAAGGGUAUUAGGUAUAGAUGAAUCAGAUAUGUACCAUACAGACAUUGAUCGUAUGCACCCACAAAGAACUGUACAGGAACCUAUUUCUAUGCCAGAUAAAGGAACACAAUACACAAAAACAGAUGUGCUAAAAACACCUUCUCCACAACCCGAAUGUGGGCGUCAAAUAUCACCCCUUGGGUCACCAAGUGAUGUAAAACCCAUGCAAGCACACCCAGGCCCCUCACCCCAGGAAAUGAUGGAACGGCAAACACCCAUAAAGAUGUCAUAAUCUUAAGACAUGGAGUGCAUCUUUUGUCAUGGAACUAUUUUAAAUGAAACUACACAAGAAAUGGCACAACGUUUUAGUUCAAAGUUGCCAUAUUCAGAUAAUAUUCAAUUAAAAAAUAAUAAAUAAACAACUUAAUUCUCAGAUAGAUAGAGAAAAUGUUAAGGUAAUCUUUUUGCGACCUUUUAUAAUAACAGGAUAUCAUUAUGCGUUAAGAUGAAAUAUGAGUUUUAAUAUUGACAAGAUUUCAAUCCAUAAAUAAUUAUUAUUACAAUUAGUCUAAGCCUAAUGACAAUGUCAUGAUGACUUGUAAAUCACUUCCUAUCUACAUGGUAAUAAUUGUUCUUUUUCUUAAUCCAGACAGUCAAUAAAUUACAAACUACAUUGUAAGUCUGUAUAUUUCCAAGCCUUUGAUUGAUUUAAUGAUUUUUGGGUAUCAUAUAUUCCAGAUGUUUAUAAGACACACCCUGUAUGUUGCGAACGGAACUGUAUGUAUAAAAAUUGUAUAUAUUAACUACAUUCAGUGUAAAUAAAGUAUGAAAAUAUAAAAAUAGGUUUUGUUGUAUAUAUCACUAUUUUAUUGAUAACUGUAGAAUAAAUGGGAAUAUUAUCUUUAAUUUGAAUAAUCAUAAGACAUAAAUACCAGAUGGAAGUCAGUUAAAGAAAAUAUGGCAUCAUGUAUGAAGUUCAUUGGACACAUGGAUGGGGAGCUGAACUCCUAUAUCUUCUAUGAUACAGUUUCCAGUCACAUAACAUUGCACUAGGCAGAUAACGCAAUUCUGGUC